AUGGCUGGAAAAGCGAAGUCAGAUGAAUGGAAAAAGAAAGGUUUGAGGGUGACAAAUUGCAAGAGUAUUUCAGCAUUUGAUGUCGAACAAGUCAAAAGAUGGAGACGAUGGACUGACUGCAUAGAAGCGGAAAGAGAAGGGUUAAUAGGACGCGGAACAAUUCGUCAGUUGACUUUUAAUUCUUUAGGAAGAAACAGAGAGUGUACAAUCGGAAAAGGGAAACAAAAUAUAUUAAGUGGUAAACAAAACGGAUGGAUCUAUCUAUCUGUCUAUCUAUCUAUCUAUCUAUCUAUCUAUCUAUCUAUCUAUCGCAGCGUGAUUAAAAUAUAUACUUUUCUUUAUGUCUUUACUUUUUUCAUUGUUUCUAUACACAACACUGUUUCAUACUUUCUAUCUAUCUAUCUCUGUUCACAUCUAUCUAUCUAUCUAUCUAUCUAUCUAUCUAUCUAUCUAUCUAUCUAUCUAUCUCAGUCAGUUCACAUCUAUCUAUCUCAGUCUGUUCACAUAUCUAUCUAUCUAUCUAUCUAUCUAUCUAUCUAUCUAUCUCAGUCAGUUCACAUCUAUCUAUCUAUCUACCUAUCUAUCUAUCUAUCUAUCGCAGCGUGA